CUUGUGCGUUGCCCGGGGCAACGAGAAACAAUCAAACAAAUAAAUAAACACAUACACAAGCUCUGCAUUCCUGUGUUUUGGGCAGUUGGCUUGACAGUGCUGAUUUGUUUUUAAAGCUGCCACCAUGUCUUACAGAGACCUAAGGAAUUUUGCAGAAAUGAUGAGAGCUCUAGGAUACACAAGGCUUAUAUCAACAGAGAAUUUUCGGAAUCCCAAUUUCCCACUUGUAGCUGAAAUUUUAAUAUGGCUUGUUAAAAGAUUCGAUCCAGAAGCAGAUGUACCGUUGGAGUAUAAUACUGAGACAGAAAGGGUUAAGCUGAUACGAUUAGCUGCUCAGUUUAUGGCUUCAAAAGUCAAUAUAAAGUUAAACACCAAAAAUCUUUACCAAGCUGAUGGAUAUGCUGUACGGGAGCUCCUCAAAGCUACAUCAGUUUUGUAUGGUGCCCUACGUUUCAAUAUGAAAAAUGUAGAUGACGAUGAUGAAAGUGAUCGAAGUACUGUAUGUGACAUCGUGGCAAAGGCAAAUGAAAUAAAAAAAGUUAGAUCACUAGCUUCAGAGAUAACUGCUAAAGGAGCGGCUCUUUAUGACUUACUGGGAAAAGAAGUUGAGAUGAGAGAAGCGCGCAGUAGUUGCAUAGCAAAGCAGAUGGAAAUUGGGGAACUUGAAGAGGCUAUGAAGAAAGCUGUUGAAAUGUUAAAAUCAGACAUAAACAAUAUAAAACAGCUCAUAGAAAAUGUUUCAACAGGCGAGGCAAGUCUUGACUCCAAAAUUGAAAAGAAGCGGAUUGAACUGGACAGAAACAGUAAACGAUUGCAAACUCUGAGGAAAGUGAGACCUGCUUUCAUGGAGGAGUUUGAACACUUAGAGGCAGUGCUGCGCGACCUCUAUACAGACUAUGUGGUACGGUUUCGCAGCUUAGCCUAUUUGGAACAGCAACAAGAAGACACUGAGCUUGCAGAACAGGAACGCAUGGAAGAGCAACAGGAAGCAACAAAAAGACUAAUAGAAAAAAUGAAACAAGAAGAAAAACUGCUAGAUGAGCCAUGUGAUUUAUUGGUUGGGGAAGUCAGAGAGGAACAGGACCUUAGUACAAAACCUCUAGGGAAAACAAGCAGAGUCAGAAUUCAGACAGCCUCAAGAGUAAUGCGCAAAGCAUCUGCACGUCGUGUCUUUGGUAGUAUGAAUGGCCCUGCCGAAGAUGACGACGACGAUGAUGAUAGCCUAGAUUCAGAUUCAGAUCUCCUACUUGAUGGUGAUGGAUCAGAGCUUCUGGGAACUGAUGAGGAAGAGGAUGAAGUUCUUGGCCUCGGAGUUGACUCACGGACAAAGCAAGCAGAUAUACACAGUGAUGAUGAUUUCUGAAUUCUUCACAGAGAAAUACAGCUAGCUUGUGCCUACAUAAUAGUCUUUGCUUUGUAGUCAUGUCUACACUCUUACAUUUGGUUUGUACGAGACUUAGAGAAAUACUCAUAAAAACAUCUCUUCAAAUCAAAAUUUCUUUUUACGAGAAAGAGCAAUAAUUAAACCAUUUUUCUAUACACUUCACAAUAAAGGAUGACAGCCAAAACCAGUUGCAGGAUAAAAUUUAUUAAAAUUCUUGACCAAGGUUUCGGUACAUAUAAAUAUACCUUCAUCAGAAGUAAAACUACCUGAGUACAGUCGAGAAUUGUUGCAUAUAAAUUCGGAGUCCGUGGAGCGAAAUGAAUGCAAUUUGCAAGUUCAGUUGUCCAGUUAUUAGAAAAGGUGUAUUACGACCGUGUAUAAAUUGCAGAUUCUUCCACGCAACCGUAUUGUAUGCAGCCGCACUCUAUAGCGAUCUUAUUUUUUAAGACGCACCUUAAUUUCAAGCAUUCUGGCUUAAUCGUACAUAAAGGUAGACGUGUUAUACACUGGAGUAUUAGUUGUUAAUUGUCGUGCGCCAUCUUAGCCACGGAAGAGAAAUUUCAUAUUUGAAAUUGAAUGGAAAUGAAAGUAUGAUGUCAGAUAUAUGGAGAGCGCUGUAAGAAAUGUACGUAAUAUAAUGCUUGAAAUUAAGGUGCGUCUUAAAAAAUAAGAUCGCUAUAGAGUGCGGCUGCAUACAAUACGGUUGCGUGGAAGAAUCUGCAAUUUAUACACGGUCGUAAUACACCUUUUCUAAUAACUGGACAACUGAACUUGCAAAUUGCAUUCAUUUCGCUCCACGGACUCCGAAUUUAUAUGCAACAAUUCUCGACUGUACUCAGGUAGUUUUACUUCUGAUGAAGGUACAUUUAUAUGUACCGAAACCUUGGUCAAGAAUUUUAAUAAAUUUUAUCCUGCAACUGGUUUUGGCUGUCAUCCUUUAUUGUGAAGAAUUUUAACAGUUGCUGCCACAGCCAUGUUUAAAACCAUUUUUCUAUGUAUUUGCUGCCAUUGUUCAGGCAUUCAUCGUAGUCUUUUUUUACACCUUCUUUGUAGAAAAAUGACGCCAGCAAAGACAGCCACUGUUUUUUGUGUAAUCAUCACUGUUAAAGAGCCUUCCUCCAAAAUCAUGCUUUGGGUUAAAGAACAAGUAGUAGUCUCAGAAGGCGAAAAAUAGGGCUGUAUAGCGAGUGAUUGAACUGCUCCCCACCGACAUGAUGAUUAAGCAAGCAGAACAGCGAUGAUGUCAUGAAGCAAUACCUUGCCUUGACUGAACAUUCCAUGCCUUUUGUUUUGAAUUGCCCCAGUUUCACACCUUAUGAUGACCACUUGUUGAAGCAUGGUUUUGGAGUAAGGCACUUUGACAGCAGUUGCGAUGCUUAAAAUUGUGUUCAGCAGUGGCUGUCAUCAUUGGUGGCAUCUUUCUAUGAAGAGGGCAGGAAAAAGUUGGUUUCUCACUAUGGAAGAUGUAUGAACAAUGGUGGCAACUAUGCGGAAAAAUAGUUUAAGAAAUGAUAUUUCUUGUAAAGAUAAAUUUUAGUUUGAAAGAAUAUUGUUAUGAGUUUAUUCCAAAACGUAAUUUCUUUCCAGACACACCUCAUAUCAUUUCACACUACUUGUUAUGCCAAUAUACCGAAACACGAUUAAUAUAGCUGUAACUCAGAUCUUAUCAUAUAGACUGGCAGCGUUAAAAUUAUGAAUUUUACUAACAUUUGAAUUUCACAUGUUUGCCCUGUGUAAUGUUUCAGUAUAUCAGAUGCUCUGAGCAAAUGAAUUUUUAUGUAGUAUUUAAAUAUAAAAUAAUUCACUUUGUAUUAUGUAUUGAGUUAUUUUACACUUCUUUUAUAAGACUGACACUAUGUAAGUCAAGUUUUCU